GCACGGCACGGCACUGCUCCGCUCCGCUCCACUCCACUCCGCUCUCCCGCCAUGGCAUCCAAGUGCCCCAAGUGCGACAAGGCCGUGUAUUUCGCUGAGAAGGUCUCCUCCCUGGGCAAGGAUUGGCACAAGCUCUGCUUGAAGUGCGAGCGCUGCAACAAGACCCUGACCCCAGGAGGGCACGCUGAGCAUGACGGGAAGCCCUUCUGCCACAAGCCCUGCUAUGCGACGCUCUUUGGCCCCAAAGGGGUGAACAUUGGUGGUGCUGGGUCAUACAUCUAUGAGAAGCCGCAGAUUGAGGGGCAGAGUGCACCGGGGCCCAUUGAGCACCCAGCCAGGGUGGAGGAGAGGAAGGUGAAUGCUGCUCCGCCCAAGGGACCCAGCAAAGCCUCCAGCGUCACCACCUUCACCGGGGAGCCCAACAUGUGCCCGCGCUGCGGCAAGAGGGUCUACUUUGCCGAGAAGGUGACCUCGCUGGGGAAGGACUGGCACCGGCCCUGCCUACGCUGCGAGCGCUGCAGCAAGACGCUGACCCCCGGGGGCCACGCCGAGCACGACGGGCAGCCCAACUGCCACAAGCCCUGCUACGGGAUCCUCUUCGGGCCCAAGGGCGUCAACACCGGAGCCGUGGGCAGCUACAUCUACGACAAAGACCCUGAGGCGAAGAACCAGCCCUAGGCAGGCGGCCCCCUCACCUCCCGCACCUACAAGUACCGGAGCAGCCCUUGGCCACGGAGCUGUGCUCUCUGCUGUCUUUAUAGAACCUCCGGGUUCUACGCCAUAGUCCCUAAUAUAAG